CUCUCAGCUACCAGGUUCUGCUACCUCCCUGUUGGGUCCUCCAGAAACCAGCCGGCUCCGAGCCCCCGAAAAGCCUCUCCCGGCAGCCAUGGAAGGGUAUUUCUCUGCGGUCCGCAAGAUGGAGCACACGGUGAUGUUCCCCAGCCUCCUCCGAGAGGUCUCCUUAGACGAGCACGACGGUGGGUUGCAAGCGGACUUGGGGGAGGGAGACCUGUACGAAUCCUACACCCUGCUCAAAUCCAUCAAGCAGAUGGCCGAGGGAGGCCUCUUGUCCGUGGCCACCCAGACUUCGCCCAUCGCCCCCGGCCUGAAAGAACAGAAGGGCCAAGAGGGAGCCGACCUCGAAGGACUCUUCUGCUAUCACGUCUCGGGCUUGUACCGGGUGCUCACGCGGCUCACCGAGCGGGCCAAGACGGUGACCUCCAGGUACAACCAGAUCAUGGGGCAGAUCAACCACAGCGAAGUGUCUCUCGGCUGGUGAGGGACCGCAAAGGGCCACUGAGGCGAUGCUCAUCCCAGUGUCUCUUAAACGGACUCCAUUUUGAAGGAAUUGUUUAAGCGGCGGACACCCAACGGUCCGGAUGGCCUGCCAGCCGAACAGGGUUGCGUGAACAGCAGCGAUAUCUGAACGUUUCCAGCACGGACUCUGAUGGACAAAAAGGAGUUCCCACUGGUGGGCUCCGGUUUUCUUUCCGACGUUUCUGUUGUUUGUAAAGCACUUGUAAUUUAUAAAAAUAAAGCUUUUUGUACCUGCAAGUAUAUUAUUAACGGUGGGUAAUAAGCCCGCAGAACUAAUAAAAUGGUUUGUUUUUCUUAA